UUCCCGCCGAGCGCUGGGCAGAGCCGGCCGAGGGGCGGGCCCGGCCCGGGCGGAGGGAAUAAAACGGCGGAGGCGGCCGCGAGGCCCGGCCGGUGGCUGCGCUGCCGGGGACGCCUCUCCGCUCGCCAUGGCCGCUCCCGCGGGUCGCAGAGUCCCCCUGGCGCUGGGGCUGACCGGGCUGGUCUUCGCCCUCUUCGGCCUCGUCCUGUUCUUCGUCCUGCCCGACGUGGUCCGGGACCAGGUCAUCAAGAAUGUGAGGAUUGACCCCAAUAGCAUCGCCUUCAGUAUGUGGAAAGACGUUCCUGUUCCUUUUUACCUGUCAGCCUUCUUCUUUGAGGUGAUGAAUCCAAACGAGAUUCGUCUGGGAGCCAAGCCAGUGGUGAAUCAGCGUGGGCCUUAUGUUUACAGAGAGUACAGGUUUAAAACCAAUAUAACGUUCCAUGAUAAUGGUACAGUUUCCUUCCUGGAAUACCGGAGGUUUUACUUCCAGCCGGACCUGUCUCACGGGAUGGAAGAGGAUUACAUUGUUGUGCCAAACAUCCUUGUGAUGGGGGCAGCUGUUAUGCUGGAGACGUUACCUCAAUUGUUGAAGAUGUUAAUAAGUGGCGCACUAGCUGGCAUGGGACAGGGCGCUUUUAUGAACCGCACCGUGGGAGAGAUCAUGUGGGGCUAUGACGACCCUCUUAUAGACGUGCUGAACAAUUUUGUGCCUGGUUUGAUCCCUUUCAAGGGGAAGUUUGGCUUAUUUGUGGAUUUUAACAACUCGAAUACAGGAAUGUUCACAGUGUAUACAGGGGCCACAGACAUCAAUCAAAUCCACAUAGUGGAUACAUGGAAUGGAUUAAAAAAGUUGAAUUACUGGCAGUCUGAUGAGUGUAACAUGAUCAAUGGGACUUCUGGAGAGAUGUGGCCUCCUUUCAUGACCCCUUCCUCUUCUCUAGAGUUUUAUAGUCCUGAUGCCUGCCGAUCCAUGAAGCUAGUGUAUGAGCAGUCUGGAGUAUUUAAAGGGGUGCCAACCUAUCGAUUUGUGGCUCCGAAGACUUUAUUUGCCAACGGAACAGAUUAUCCGCCAAAUGAAGGCUUCUGCCCCUGCAGGGAAUCUGGAAUCCAGAAUGUCAGCACCUGUCGAAUGAAUGCACCAGUGUUCAUAUCCCACCCGCACUUCUACAAUGCUGACCCUGUAUUGGUGGAAGCCGUCGAUGGAUUACAUCCCAAUAAGGAGCAGCAUGGGCUCUUCCUUGAUGUUCAUCCGGUCACGGGAAUUCCAAUGAACUGCUCCAUCAAGCUGCAACUGAGUCUGUAUAUGAAGAAAGUCUCUGGCAUAAGUCAAACGGGACAGAUCAAGCCAGUUGUCUUGCCUAUACUUUGGUUUGCAGAGAGCGGAGCCAUUGAAGGUUCAGUCUUAAAGCAGUUCUACACCAACCUGGUACUGAUCCCAUCUGUGCUGGAGUACGUGCAAUAUAUCUGCAUCGGUCUGGGUGUCGCGUUGAUUGUUGCUGCCAUUGUACUGGAGGUGAAGAGACAGAGAAACGCCAGAGAGAAGAGCCCACGAGAGCCAGACCCACGGACUGAACCACCUCAGUCUUCCGAAACAACACCACUCCUUCAAGAUGAUAGUAAAACAAACCAGAAUGAUGCUGCUGAAGCCUGAAGUGCCAAUCUCUUACAGAAGGGUGAUUCCCACUGGUACCUGACUCUGCUUAGGGAUCAGACUUGCUCUGGGUCCAUUAGCAGGAUCCUAGAAAGGAGAUGCAGAGUUGGAUAAAAUACCUGAUUCCGAACUAUCUUGAGAGAGGCACAAAAUACUCAAAGGCUAUUGAGCUGUAUUGCCACGGCUCACACUUCCUGCAUCAAGACCUGAGAUGAGGAUAAAACCAGUUCAGUCCUAGCAUUUGAAAUACAAAACAUUCAAAAAACAUUUGUUGGCCUGGGGCUGGCAUGGGCUGAGACCUCUCUUUUUUGCUAUUUCCAGCCUGGCAGGGAUGAAGAAUACCUGGUGGCUAAUCCCCUGAAGAGUCCUUUCCUCUGCCCAUGUAGUCUCUCUUCACCUAGAAGCUGUUGAGAGAAUCCUAAAAGAAAAAGGCACUGUAAUGGAUAAUCCUUUAAAGCAAACAAGGUUCACAUGUGUAAAAAUAACUGGUGUAUAAAGGAAAAUACAUCAGUAUUUAACAACCUGUGCCACUCAAGGUUUAUGGAGAGGUGCUUACUAAAUAGAUCUACGCUGGCUGAAGUUCACUCCCAUUCAGGAGGCUAAUGCUAAUCUGGGAAAACUGGCAGCGAUUUGCAGUAGGUCCUAUGAAUCCUAUUUUAAACUGGAUGGGGUGGGUUCAUUUGCUCGGGUUCACUGAGUAGAAAUGAGUUCUCACAUGCUGCACAGGUUAAGAGAUGUAUGCUGCCAACUUUUUUUAUAUACCAGUAUUAGGCUAUGCAGCCAUGUGCGGGUGUAAGAUUCAAGGUUGUGGUGAUUGCUGUUUUGGAGGGGUGGUGCUCUAGACUGAAGGCUCAUUCGUCACUGCUCUAAAGCUUAGUGGGUUUUUCUAAAAUGAGCAACUUGGUUUAUCUGGCUAGUUGGUUCCCAGGUGCCAUUGUGGGUUAGACAUGUGGCAGUGGCGCUCAUUUGAUUUUUGCCAAAGAAAUAUUGCUUAGCUUCUUGGCUCUCCCACUCGCGCUUCUGUGGUGAAAUUCAUGCAGAGGCCACCGACUUUUAACUUGUAUGGAAACCACUUACUCUUUACAAGUAUCUAGUUUUUUCCCUGCAUUUCAGAUUAAUCUGAGCUCUUCUACCUACACAGAGCCAGCCAGGUGCUUUGCAUUGUUCCACAUAUGAGAUCACUCGUCUCAUUGUUCCACUAGUGUCUUUAAUCAUGACAUUGUAAAAUGUCACCAGGGGUAAGAGCUAUUCCAGAACUGUGCCAUUCCCCAAUCAAAUGAGAUCUCUUCCUUGCAGUGUGACACUGGGUGUGCUACCACCUACGGAAAAUUAGCUGGCAGAAUGUGAGGCAGGUCACACUCCAGCCAGGAAGACCACCUGGCAGUUUUGUAACAGCAGAGUAAAAACACUCACUCUGCAGGCAGUGUGUUCCAUGUAGCUUUCCACACAGUAAAGCCCCUCCCAUGUCAGGAGAUUCCCUAACUUAGUGGGUGGCUCUCAGGGUGCCUUAAAGGCUACAGACCAGUAACAACUGAAAUACACCCAAAUGGUAGGAAAACCACUCCUGUGGCUUAAGCUUUGCGUUGCGAGUACUGAUGGCAGCAAAGGACUUUCCUAUGUGAGGCAUGGGGGUGCAUGGGCCUUACACAGUGUAGGGCUUCCAGAGGAGUUGAGGAUUUCUUUUUACCAUGCAAAUUGCAAUUAACCGCUGUGCCCCAAGACUGCCUGGAUCAGUGCUCUGAGAACACUCUCAGUGGGCUGGUCUUAUGGCUCUUGUGCUAGUGUUGGGCAUGCCUGGCAGGUAUGGGAUGUGGAGGGACAUCUAUCAAGACACUAGCUUAGAUCAUAGACUCUUGGCAAA